AUGGUGUCGAACAAUUCCCCCGCCACGGAUAACAAUCCGCCCCCCGAAGUGUCGGAGACCUUGAACGAAGACACCCCGGUUCCGGAUCAGGGGCACACGGCGCCCAUGGAAGGUGCCACUGUCGGCGGGACAGAUAGAGUAUACCCGAUUCGAUCGAUCAUCUCCUUCAACCCUCCUCCCACCGCUGCGAUCCAGCCAACCGUAACGACCGAGCUACGUUCGCCUCGGAGUGGGGCGCGCUCGUAUUCGAUCAUUGACGCGGAGACCUGGGAUCAAUUGAAUUCCCAAUCCACCACUUCCCCACAAACCGAUGCCUUCCUCAGUCAACCGAGUAAUACUCCGGACCGAAUGGGACGGCUUCCGCAGCAGCUUCCCGAGAUCUACUCCCCUAGCUCGAACGUGGAGGAUCAAGACCUCACCAAGGACACGAAUUCCGCACAGCGAAAGCUAGGACCAGUAGGGGGUGAUGCCAGCCUCGUUACCGCGCGAUUCCAGCAUGUGAUCACAGAGGGUGGCCAUGCUGUCGUAACCGGCAACACCCCUGAUUCUUUUCGCGCAUGCGAAGACGAACCAAUUCACAUUCCCGGCGCUGUACAAACCUUUGGCGUGAUGGUGGUGCUGCGCGAACAGCCGGGGGAUGUUCUGACCGUUCAUGUGGCCAGUGAGAACUCAGAGGCUAUUUUAGGCCACUCGCCAAGUAGUCUUUUUGCGUUGGAGAGCUUUUCCGACAUACUGCAGGCCGAUCAAACGGACAUCCUUCUGGAUCAUAUUGACUUCAUUCGCGACGAGGCAUAUGAUCCCGCUGCGGAUGGCCCGGAGGUCUUCAUCCUGGCUGUUAAUGACCGAAUGGGGCGGCCUCGACGGUUUUGGUGUGCCAUUCACGUCAAUUUGGCCCACAGAGACGUGAUCAUUUGCGAGUUCGAGUUGGAGGAUGACCGCAUCAAUCCUCUGAAUGCUACGGGACGGACGACACCCACUUCCCCAACGGAUACCCUGGGGUUCGAACCGACACCGGAUCAGCUAGCCAGUAGCACUGUUAAUAUAAGCCAGCCACUACGAGUCCUUCGGAAUGCGCGCAGGCGAAGGGGCGAAGCGGCUGCCAUGGAGGUGUUCAGUAUUGUUAGCCAAAUCCAGGAUCAGCUGGGUGAUGCGCAAAACUUAGAUACAUUGCUUAACAUCACGAUUGGGAUCGUCAAGGAAUUGACCGGAUUUCACCGCGUCAUGAUUUAUCAGUUUGAUACAGAGGCCAAUGGAACCGUGGUGGCAGAGUUAGUCGACAUGAGAACGACCAAGGACCUGUAUAAAGGGUUGCACUUCCCAUCGUCGGAUAUUCCGAAGCAAGCUCGCGACUUGUAUCGGCUCAAUAAAGUUCGUAUACUCUACGACCGUGAGCAAAUGAGCUCCCGGCUGGUCUGUCGCAGCGUUGAGGACCUCAAGACGCCGUUGGAUAUGACGCACGCCUACCUGCGUGCGAUGUCUCCGAUUCACAUCAAGUAUCUAGCCAACAUGGGGGUCCGUUCAUCCAUGUCCAUCAGCAUCAACAGCCCCCAUGAUCUCUGGGGCUUGAUCUCAUGUCACACUCACGGAGAGUCCGUGAUGCGGGUGCCUUUUCCAAUUCGAAAGAUGUGUCGGCUGAUCGGCGAUACCCUCUCGCGGAACAUCGAGCGUCUCUCUUACGCAUCCCGUCUCCAGGCACGCAAGCUCAUCAACACCAUUCCAACCGACGCCAAUCCCUCAGGGUACAUAAUCGCUUCGUCGGAUGACUUACUGAAGCUAUUCGAUGCCGACUACGGUGCCCUGUCGAUCCGAGGGGAGACCAAAAUUCUCGGGAAAUCCACCGAGUCACAGGAGAUGCUGGCGUUGCUCGAGUUCCUCAAGAUGCGUCAGCUCAACUCCGUGGUCGCAUCGCAUCAUGUGAAGAAGGACUUCCCAGACCUGCAUUAUCCUCCGGGAUUCAAGGAGAUUUCGGGAAUGCUGUACGUGCCUCUCUCGGCCGAUGGCAAGGAUUUCAUCGUCUUCUUUCGACGAGGCGAACUCACUGAGAUCAAAUGGGGUGGCAAUCCGUAUACGAAGACCUUGCGGGAUGGCCACCUUGAGCCCCGGGCGAGUUUCCAGGCCUGGAGCGAGACGGUCAUCGACCGGGCUCGCGAAUGGACCGAGUCGGAAGUUGAAACCGCCGCCGUCUUGUGCUUGGUGUAUGGCAAGUUCAUCAAGGUCUGGCGACAGCAAGAGGCGGCGUUGGAGGGUUCGCAGUUGACAAAGCUACUUCUGGCCAACUCCGCCCAUGAAGUCCGAACCCCAUUGAACGCCAUCGUCAAUUACUUGGAGAUCGCCCUAGAGGGGACCCUUGACACCGAAACUCGCGACAACCUGACCAAGUCCUACUCCGCCUCUAAAUCCCUGAUCUACGUCAUUAACGAUCUGCUGGAUCUCACUAAUACCGAAAAGGGACACAGCCUCAUCAAAGACGAACCCUUCGACUUGCCGUUGGUUUUCAAGGAAGCGACGGGGAUGUUCGACGGCGAGGCGCACCGUAAAGGGAUCGACUAUACCAUCCGCACUCAUCCGGGAGUGCCCAAAACCGUUGUCGGCGAUGAACGGCGCGUUCGGCAGGCCAUCUCUAAUUUGAUCUCCAAUGCCAUUCAGCAUACAUCCACCGGUGGUGUCACUGUUGAAAUGUGGCGGGCUCCUGGCAAUGCGGUGCCGGGGGUGGCAAAUAUCCAUAUGACAGUCCUCGAUACGGGGACGGGCAUGUCUUCCGCUAUGCUCGAAACCCUGUUCCAGGAACUGGAGCAGGUUUCCUCGGAAGAUGACAGCUACUUCUUCGAUCGAGAUGCAAAUGGGGGCUCGCAGGAGAAUACCAAUCCACGCGAGAAAGGUGUCCUGGGGCUGGGGCUUGCUCUGGUCUCCCGCAUCGUGCGGAAUACUCACGGUCAGCUCACCGUGCGGUCCGAGGAAGGGAAGGGCAGUCGCUUCCAAAUCUGGCUCCAAUUUACUACUCCAGAUGAUGCGCCCUCCGAUGCACUUGAUGGCUCGGGCCCCCCGACGCCGGAUGAUGGCUCGAUUCCGUUUGAAGCAAAGGAAGAGUUCGUUCUAGUCGAUAAUAGCUCCUCCGCUCCAAGUGAGGGAUGGCGACGUGAUGGUAGCCAUGACGGUGAAAAUCAUCAGUCUGACGGUGAGGUCGGUGCCGCCGUCAUGCCAGGGAUUUCCAUCGAUCGCGCGACAGAUGAAGCUGCCGGUCUGCUUCCAUCUUCGGAUCGUCGCAAAGUCGUUACCUUGCCCUCAACCCCCAAACCAUUAGAAAUUGACUCGCGCGAGACGCCUCCGACAUCCGCUCCACCUCCACACCCUAAAACAGACUCUGCAGGGCCUACUGAAACGACCGCUCCUCCUCCGGAAGCAGACUCUAAGAACCAUCCCGGCACGUACAGUGUUCUUGUUGCCGAGGACGACCCUAUCAAUGGCAAGAUUGUACAAAAGCGACUUGGGAAAACCGGUCACACUGUUCAUCUAACGGUCAACGGCGAAGAAUGCGCGGCUUCCUACCGCGACGAUUCUGCGCGUUUUGACGUCGUCUUGAUGGACAUUCAGAUGCCGAUUGUGGAUGGGAUCAACUCGACCAAGAUGAUUCGCCAGUUUGAAGCCAUAUCACCAGACAACGCAGCCCUUUCCCCAAUCGCGAAGCUGAACAAGCGAGUCCCCGUCUUUGCAGUUUCAGCCUCACUCCUGGAGAAGGAUAUGUCCUUGUACGUUGAUGCGGGCUUCGACGGAUGGAUCAUGAAGCCUAUCAACUUCAAUCGUCUGAAAGUGCUCUUUGACGGUCUCCAAGAUGAAGGUACUAGGAGCAACGCUACGUAUCAUCCUGGCUAUGACUGGGAGCAGGGCGGCUGGUUCACAUCUACUCCCCACGAGGAGCAAUAAUACACGACUCCAUUCACUUCUAUCCCGGAUCAUCUAAUCUACCUACCGACUAACGAAAGUUGAACAUGCCUCGAUCAUGCUAUAUGUCGGCCUUUCGUUCUAUCUACCUUUCUUACAC